AUGCAACAGCAAGACAACAGCACUACCACUAGUGGCCAAGCCCUGAGCCUGGUCUGCACGCCAGAACUGCAGGGGGUGGGCGCGGCCGAGCAGCGGUCGUCGUUCUACGUCAUGGCCUCCAUCACCGCGCCCGAGUUCCGGUCGGAGAAGCGCGCCCCGGUGGACAUGAUCUGCGUCAUCGACCGCAGCGGCUCCAUGUCGGGCGACCGCAUCAACAUGGCCAAGUCCACCGUCGAGUUCGUCGUAGCGAACCUCCAGCAAGACGAUCGGCUGGGCAUCGUCACCUACGACGACAGCGUCGCCAACCACUUCCCCCUCAGGCCCAUGACCACCCACGGCAAGGAGGCCGCCCUGGCCGCCAUCAAGUCCAUCGCCGUGGGCGGCUCGACCAACCUGUGCGGCGGCCUGGUCGAGGGCGUCAACCAGAUGCGCGGCCGCGAGGCCGGGGCCCAGAAGAACCAGGUGGCGUCGGUCCUGCUCUUCACCGACGGCCAGGCCAACGCGGGCUACACCCAGGCCGAGGACAUCAUCAAGGCCACCAUCAACGCCGACCACGCCAGCGCCAGCGCUGGCGGCGGCGGCAGCUAUGGCGGCGGUUGGGGCUCGCCACCCAGGCGGCAGCAGCAGCAGCAGCAGCAGCAGCGGUUCACCAACGCCUACGCCGUGCCCCAGCAGCAGCAGCAGCAGCUGCCCAUCAGCUACGGCGUGCCCCAGCAGCAGUCGCCCCAGCCCAUCAGCUACGGCAUUCCCCAACAGCAACAGCUGCCGGUGGCGCUGCAGCCGGUGGCCCAGGCCCAGAACCCGACGGACUUCAGCGGCGCCGAGACGGAGGAAACUGAGGAGGAGAAGAAGAAGAAGGUGUGCGAGGACUUGCCGCUGCCGUGCACGAUCAACACGUUCGGGUUCGGAGCCGACCACGACGCGACGCUGCUGAAGAAGAUCGCGGACCACGGCCAGGGCAUCUACUACUACAUCGACUCGACCAAGGCCAUCGCCGAGGCCUUUGCCGACUGCCUGGGCGGCCUCCUGAGCGUCGUGGCCCAGGACAUCCGCGUGAGCUUCGAGGCCCCGGCCAGCGGCCAGGCGGUGCGAAUCAACCGCGUGCUCACCAAGUUCCGCUCGACCGAGCUCGAGGCCGGCCGCGCCUACGAGCUGGUCCUGGGCGACAUCCAGAGCGAGGAGCGACGCGACAUCCUGGUGGAGGUCUCGAUCGCGAACACGACCGACGUCGACGCGGUGCUGCCGGUGCUGAAGGCGACGGUGACGUACACGAACGUGAUCACGGGCCAGCAGGGCGCGAGGGCCGAGACGACGGCGACGGUGCGCCGGCCGGCGCUGCCCACGGGCGAGACGCGGGACUACGCGGUCGAUCGCCAGCUCAACCGGCUGCUGGCGGCCGAGGCCAUGGAGCAGGCCAACGAGGCCGCGCGCGACGGGCAGAUGGAGCGGGCGCGCGAGAUCAUCAAGCGGGCGAGCGGGCGCAUCGCCGAGUCGGUGUCGCGCGACGACGAGUUCUGCAAGAGCCUGGUGAGCGAUCUGGAGCGGUGCGAGGGCGGCCUGCAGUCGCAGUCGUCGUGGGCGGCCGACGGCAGCAAGAUGCUGACGAACCAGAUGCAGGCCCACUACGUCCAGCGCAGCACCAACGUGGGCUGGGCCGGCCAGGCCAGCUACCAGACCUCGACCCGCGACCGCAUGCAGUGCAACUUCAAGAGCUCGUAA